AUGGAUCGUUUGUCACAAUGCUACAACUUGAGUCUCUCUGAUGUUGCAUUAAAGAUUACCGAUCCUAUCUUCGAACAUCUAAUGCACAUAACAAUCUCCGAAGAGGAUUUUUUACACGAUAAUCUCCUAAAACUUUAUGAUUUUGCAGUCCUAUAUCGAUCAUCAAAUACAGAGUUCUCUUCUAAUCUUUUUAGUAAACCUCUCUCAAAUAUUCGUUUAAAGAUGCAGAUUUUCGUGAAAACCUUGACUGGCAAGACUAUCACCCUCGAGGUGGAAAGCUCCGACACCAUUGACAACGUAAAGGCUAAAAUCCAAGAUAAGGAAGGGAUUCCACCAGACCAACAAAGACUGAUUUUUGCUGGUAAACAACUCGAGGAUGGCCGUACCCUGGCAGAUUACAACAUCCAGAAGGAGUCCACCCUUCAUUUGGUCCUCAGAUUGAGGGGAGGAAUGCAAAUCUUUGUUAAGACCCUGACUGGCAAGACCAUCACUCUUGAGGUCGAGAGCUCCGACACUAUUGACAACGUUAAAGCCAAGAUCCAGGACAAAGAAGGCAUUCCCCCAGACCAGCAAAGAUUGAUUUUUGCAGGCAAGCAGCUGGAGGAUGGCCGGACUCUAGCAGAUUACAACAUUCAGAAGGAGAGCACUCUUCACUUGGUGCUUAGGCUAAGGGGAGGAAUGCAGAUCUUUGUCAAAACCCUGACUGGCAAGACCAUUACUCUUGAGGUGGAAAGCUCAGACACAAUUGACAACGUUAAGGCCAAGAUCCAGGAUAAGGAGGGCAUCCCACCGGAUCAGCAGAGGCUUAUCUUCGCUGGAAAACAGCUUGAGGAUGGCCGUACUCUGGCUGACUACAACAUCCAGAAAGAAUCCACCCUUCACUUGGUUCUAAGGCUCCGUGGAGGUAUGCAAAUUUUUGUCAAGACCUUGACAGGCAAGACAAUCACCUUGGAGGUGGAGAGCUCAGACACCAUUGACAAUGUCAAGGCAAAGAUCCAGGACAAGGAGGGUAUUCCCCCAGACCAGCAGAGGCUUAUCUUCGCUGGGAAGCAGCUUGAGGAUGGCCGUACCUUGGCGGACUACAACAUCCAGAAAGAGUCUACUCUGCACUUGGUGCUUAGGUUGAGGGGAGGUAUGCAAAUAUUUGUCAAGACUUUGACUGGGAAGACCAUCACUUUGGAGGUUGAAAGCUCGGAUACUAUUGACAACGUGAAGGCCAAGAUUCAGGACAAAGAAGGUAUUCCACCAGACCAGCAGCGGUUGAUCUUUGCCGGUAAGCAGUUGGAGGACGGAAGGACCCUGGCGGACUACAACAUCCAGAAGGAGUCUACCCUUCAUCUUGUCCUCCGCCUCCGUGGCGUGGUAGAGCUGCUGCUGCUCCUUGAACUGCCUCUUGCAGCCCAUGCCCUUGUUUUCUUCCUCCACUACCGUGUACGUGGAGGUGGCAGAAGAACACGGAGGCUAGGCACGGUGAAGAGGUGGCGGAAUGAGGGGAGUGAAACUAACACGUCUGAGCAAUCAAAUCUUCUUCAACAGACGCUCUUUUCAUAUCAGCCAAGUUUCAUGUCUGAUUUUGACAUCCAGACUCCUGCUUUUGAUCCUUUUGCUGAGGCAAAUGCUGAUAAUUCUGGUGCUGGUUCAAAAGAAUACGUUCAUAUUCGCGUACAGCAAAGGAAUGGUAGGAAAAGCCUGACAACUGUGCAGGGAUUGAAGAAAGAGUUCAGUUAUAAUAAAAUACUCAAGGAUCUUAAGAAAGAGUUUUGCUGCAAUGGUACUGUUGUCCAGGAUCCAGAACUAGGCCAGGUUAUUCAACUUCAAGGUGAUCAGCGAAAGAACGUUUCCACCUUUCUUGUUCAGGCUGGAAUUAUGAAGAAGGAUCUGAUCAAGAUUCAUGGUUUCUGA